AUGAGAGAGAACUACUACAACAAGAAGAAGCUGAAGUAUCUUGAGAUGCUGAGGUCUGGAAGGCCAAAGAAAAACUCCCGGGGAGAGAUAGUCAAGGAUGCACCCUUCCAAAGCUCCAAGGCAGAGGUUGGAAGGAUCGAGCCAAGCAGGAAGUGGUUUACUGGGUCGAAGACUAUAUCUCCUACGGAGCUGGAUGCAUUCAGGUCGGAGAUGAAGAUAGAGACCCCAUAUAACGUGCUUCUGAGCACGGGAAAGGUUCCGUAUUCUCUGCUGGAUGAUAGCACAAAGAGGAAACGGCUUAAGGAUUUUGGAGAGGUCUUUGGAAAGAAAUCUGUUCGGAAGAGGCCGAACCUUCGGUACAGCAGUCUGGAAGAGCUAUCUCGGCAAGCCAGGGAUGUAAAGGAGGAGAAGGUGGAAGCGAAGAAGGAUCAUGUCAAGGGACAGAGCCACAGAAUAUGGCUUGAGCUAUACAAGGUCUUAGACAGCAGUGACGUGAUUAUCCAUGUUCUCGAUGCAAGGGAUCCCAUGGGAACCAUGUGCGAGAAGAUAGCCUCCUACAUCAAGGAAGAGGCACCCCACAAGCAUCUUAUGUAUGUGCUAAACAAAGUAGAUCUCAUUCCUACGGGGGUGACUGCGAAGUGGCUGAGACACUUCUCGAGGUUGCAUCCCACGAUAGCAUACCAUUCGAACUCGAUAACGAACAACUACGGAAAGGCCAACCUGAUAAGCCUGCUAAAGCAGCUUAGCAAGCUGUACAAAAAGAGUCAUCUGAGCGUUGGGUUUGUAGGAUAUCCAAACACAGGCAAGAGCAGCAUAAUAAACACCUUGAGAAACAAGGAAGUAUGCAAGGUUGCACCGAUCCCGGGAGAAACAAAGGUUUGGCAGUACAUAACACUUACAAGGGGGAUCUACCUCAUAGACUGCCCAGGAAUCGUCCCCAUCUCAAACUAUGAUCAGGCUGUCCUCAGAGGAGCAGUCAGGAUCGAGAACAUCGAGAAUCCCGAGGACUAUGUCGACAUGAUAGUUGAGAAGGCUAGAGACUCGAUAGUAAAGACCUAUAAGAUCCGCUUUCUCGACUCUGCAGACCUGGUUGAGAGACUUGCAAUCAAGUUUGGCAAACUGCAGAAGGGCGGAGAACCCAACACCAAUGUGGUUUCGAAAAUGAUUCUCCAUGACUGGGUCCGAGGGAAGAUCCCUUACUUCGUUCCCCCGAAGGAAGAGGCAGGGGAAGUGUGA